UCCAGUAGACACGGAGCGGUCGGGGCAGUGUCUGUAAAAUUUAACGAUUUUAUUCGUCUUCCUUUUUUUUUUAUAAAUUGUACUGUGAUUUCGCGAUAUUUAUUACUUUUUCAAAUCACAAUGGUGCGAUAUUUGUAGUUUAAUUUUUAUCUUCUACCAUUUAUUAAACUCCAAGAUUUCUACUUAUUUUUUUAAUCAAUACAAAAUGGGUGCUGACAAUUGCAUUACUUCAAACGCAUUUGCCGUAGUUUUAAAAAUGACUGAGCAAUUACUUAAAAUACGCAAAUUCGUUAUAAUUUAUUGUGUCCGUGUGUAGAAAGACUAUUAUAUGUGGAAACAAAAUGAAGUUUCAUAGACGGUGUGGUGAUAGAGUGACUCUUUUACACGACAAUACGACGGCUGUUAGAAAUUUUGUAGAAUUUAAUCAUGGCUUGAUAUUAAGUGCGGAACCGAUCUUAGAUGAUGUUAUAUUUGAAGUGUGCAUCGAUAGAAAGGUUAAUGUUUGGAAUGGUAGCCUAGAAAUUGGUGUAACAACUCUAGAUCCCGAAUAUAUGGAACUACCUGCAACAGCUACUAAAUUGAGGAACACGGCAUGGAUUAUGUCUGGAAGUUCAAUAGUGAAAGAUGGUGUGACCUUAAUAAAUUCAUAUGGUCCCGAGUUGGAUACUCUUCACGAAGGAGAUACUCUUGGUGUUAUGAGGUCUAGUAAGGGAGAAUUGACAUUCUACGUUAAUGGCAGAUGUUUAGGCAUAGCAGCGAGAGAUCUCCCAUCAAGGUUGUUUGCUGUAAUUGAUUUAUAUGGACAAUGUGUACAGGUGUCCAUUAUCCACACAAAUGGCAUGGGUACUAUCAUGGAGAACAGCUUGGAUCAAAUAGAAGAGGAUCCUAACAAUGAUGAUACUUUAACGUCGAGCGAAGACGCAGUAGCACCGGAGUCAUCAUAUCCUAAAGAGCAUAAUGAAGUUUAUAUUUCGAUGCCGACAGAUGUGUCAUGCGCUACGGUUGCUCAUGAUCGGUUACGAUUUCAUUCUCGCUGUGGAAUAUUGGUGAAGCUUUCGGCCAACAACAAAUCUGCGGAACGGGCGAGGCCCUUAGACGACUACAAUAAUGGUGUUGUGAUGACGCACCGGCCGCUAUACGAUAAUGAGCUCUUUGAAAUACGUAUAGACAGACUCGUAGACAAAUGGAGUGGAAGCAUAGAGGUUGGCGUAACAACUCACAACCCUGCAACAAUAAGGUUUCCAUCAACAAUGACAAAUAUGGACUCUGGAACAAUCAUGAUGUCCGGUUGCAAAGUGCUGCUCAAUGGACAUGGAACUUGUAUGGAGUAUGGCAACUUCAAUCUCGACGAACUAAGGGAAGGCGACACAGUCGGUAUGAUGAGGAAAUCAGACGGCAAGCUGCAUUAUUUUAUAAAUGGUAUCGAUCAAGGUGUAGCAACCGACAAAGUUGAUCAGCAAGUGUGGGGCGUCGUAGAUCUCUAUGGAAUGACUGUCAAGGUAUCGAUCGUCGAUCCAUGCGAAGAUAUCGAUAGUAAUGUCAACAACAUUCCAACUGUAUCAAGUAUUCCGGACGAACCUGCGCCUAGUAGGUUCAGGCCGAUGAUAGACGAAGAUAGCCUUUUAUUUCAUACGCUGCGUGAUUCGUAUGUUAUUAUUAUUAACGAUGGUAAGACUGCUCAUAGGCCUAAUGCUUUCGAAUUCUUCAACAAUGGCGUAGUGAUGACCAACAGAACACUACGUACGAAUGAGCUGUUCCAAGUGCGGCUCGAUCUCGUGAUCCCCAAGUGGGCCGGAAGCAUUGAGAUAGGAGUCACGCAGCACACUUCAAAUGAUAUAAAAUUUCCAUUCAAAAUGAGCAACGCUAAAUCAGGCACUUGGAUAAUGUCUGGAGAAGACGUUAUAAGAGACGCAACAAUAAUCAUACCUCAGUAUGUUAGAAAUCUAAACCGACUGGUGGAAGGUGAUACCGUGGGUGUUAUGAGAAAAGACAUGGGUAUUCUACACUUUUUUGUGAACGGAGUCGAUCAGGGACCGGCAGCUUUUAAUAUACCGGAACACGUUUUUGGAAUCGUGGAUUUAUACGGUCGCGUUGCGCAGGCGACGAUAGUUGACUCGUACUAUCCACCGCCACCGACGUAUUCGCCCGAGUCACCGUUCUCGUCUGAGUCCAAUGCUACUGUCUAUCCGGAGAUGUGCUUCCACCGCGUGCACGGACGCAACGCGAGACUCAGUCGCACGCGUCUGAUUGCGUCGAGGGCGGCCGUCUAUUCUGAGUUCAACGACGCAGUACUCUUCAGUUCAAGGCCUUUACGAGAGUGUGAUAUGUUCGAGCUGAGGAUAGACUCCAUGGUUGACUGUUGGAUCGGCAGCUUGGAGAUUGGUGUGACAGCUAUUCGUCCAGACGAUCUAGAAGCGAAUGGUUUAGCCGGUACAGCAACAGACCUCAACUGGGACACUUAUAUUCUAAGUGGGGCAGCGAUGAUGAAGGAUGGAGAAUGUGUGAGGAGUGGAUAUCCAUUAGAUCUCGACACGCUUACUGUGGGCAGUCGAGUGGGUAUGAUGUGGCAUGCAGAUCGAAGUCUCCACUAUUAUUUAGACGGUAUGGAUAUGGGCAAGGCUUGGUACGUCCCACAUCUUAAUAUCUACGCCGUUGUAGAUCUCUACGGACAGUGUACACAGGUGACAAUUCUGCAGAAUGAAGAAAGAGCGUUCAAUUAUAAUGGUUGUGCAAAUUCUGAUAAUUCGUUACUGAGUCACUCGAGAGCGCUGGCAACACCUCCUCCGCCUUACUGGAGUUUUUCUGAAUACUGCGGUGAUAAUAUAUGCUUAACGCACGAUUGCUCCUUGGCAAGAAGACUCACAUCAGAUCCGAUGACUGCUUUAGUGUUCAGUUCUGCUCAUCUCGCUAUUGGAGAGAUAUUUGAGAUAAAAAUACUAGAAUGUAAGUUCGGAUUCGCGGGUAGUUUCCGCAUGGGUGUCACUGAUAUAAACAUCUUGAAUGCGCACGUCAACCGCAGCUUACCACCCUCUGUCGGUUGCUUGCCACAUUUUACUGCUUAUAUUGACGGUAAAUAUAUGCGUUAUUCGAAGCCGAAUUCUCGUCAGCAAGAUUUAAAAGUUGUGGUACCGUCGUUCGAAUGGCUUCGAGCGGGCGACCGAGUCGGCUUAAAGAAAACCGUAGAUAAUCGUGUACUCGUAUAUUAUAACUGCGAGUUGCUGGAUACGGCUUUCGAAAGAGUGCCUGAUAAAGUUUACGUGGUAAUGGAGAUAUAUGGAUCGGUUAAUAAGAUUCAGGCGGUCACAAGGAACCCUGUCACUGUAUUGCCACAGACGAUCCCUAACGAUUCGGGAGAUUCGAAAGAUUCCGAAGAUAUAUGUGAAACUCAAAUCAGCGAGACGGUAGAAAUUAGUUCAUCUACGGCCACGCUGGUCUCCGUCGAACCACGUCGCAGGCGAGCAGCCUUGCCCUACACAUUCCACUACAUACACGGCAAAAACAUCAAGCUUUGUAGCUCAGACACCGUGGCAAUGCGUACUUCUGGCUACCAGGACGCGGUCGCUAUCGUUAGUCAACCUUUAAGAAGAGGGCACAGAUUUAGGUUUCGAGUGGAUAAAAUAGACGACAGCUGGGAUGGCAGUCUUUCCAUCGGCGGGGUUCCAUGUUUGCCUAUCGAAGCCGUAUCUGAAUGCGCUAUGCGGCUCGACCCCCCAGCGUGGAUAAUAUCAAGCGAUUUAAAAUUCAAUGGCACCAAUUUAAUAACAUACGCAGCAGCUGAAUUAGAAGAAGUAGCGGAGCAGUCUGUGCUGACUUUACAUUUUAGAUUCAACAGUGAGCUAGUGGUGGACAUUGAUGGCAAUGUUGUUGGCAUAAUUGGUGCGGUUCCACGGACUUACAGCCACGUCUAUCCCCUAGUCGACCUUUAUGGAAGAGUGUCACAAGUUUCAGUCCUGCUCCAUCCGUACACGGUGGUAACUGGAACUUCCCUCGACCUACCUGUAAUAGCUGAAAACCGCCGAGAAGAAGAAUCGUCGAUUGAAAUCAAUGUAGAAGACAUGCAAGACGAAGACCAACCAGUGACGGAACUUAUUGAAGUACGACAGCGGCGAAAAGCGAAUAAGGCAUACAGCCACGAUAACCUAAUGGAAAACUACGAUCCUAUAAUUAUUCAACCGGGAACAAGUUCACAAUCAGAAGUACACGUCCCUGAUAAUGAAAUAAGAAAUAAAGAAAUUAAAAAUCAAACUCCUUGUCGGACAAUGCAUCAUAGUCUUAUCCUGAAUCACCCCGUUAGUAAUAAGGACAAUUCGUUUAGGAGUGUCCAAAGAAGCCAUUCAACACACGAUUUCUGUCGCUCGUCAGAUUCCUCUAUGGUCCGAGACACGCUACGAUUUACGUUUAGCUCCGGACACCAAGGAGACGACAGUGAAAUACAUGACCAGUUCUGUGACACGAAUAUUAGGCACAAUGAUCGCUAUCCCGAGGCAAACGACGUUGAUAAUUUAGAUAAUGAAAUCAUGGAUGCUCUGACUCUAGAAACAGGAAAUCUACCGGAUUUGACCGAGGAACAGUCGUCUUCUAUAGACGAGUCGACGCGCCGCGACGAUUUGUGCUCAGAACCAUUGACGGCUGAGAACUUGAACUAUCUCAACAGAAUUCUUUGCUUAGAUCAAGAAGGCACAGAAGGUCAGAGUCUAGAAGCUGAAUGGGAAGCGUUUGGAGAAGGCUGUGAACAUCUUCAUCUUGUUUUGAAGUAUUGGAAUUUCUUAGUGCUGCCUUAUCCAGAGUUGAGGCAAGCGGUAUCUUGGGGUCAGGUUAGGUGCUACUGUAGUAAUUGUCAACCUGAAGCGCAACCUCCUUUGGCUGGUUGGGUGCGUAUAGAGAGGAUCGACGGUGUGGGUGCGGCAUCUCGAGGCUUUUGGCAUAUCACGCGGUCGACGCUCGGUGCGGCGCAGGCUGCCAGCUCAGAGUCGGGAAUCGCCAAGCGUCCCCGCUCCUUAGCGUCGGCGCCCACCAACCUUAUUUCAUUAGGCGAUAUUUGGCUAGACGAAGAAGGCAAGCCUCACCACACCAUCUUGGCGAUUGAAAUAGACAUCGAAGGCAACGAAGCAGAGAAAGAUCGCUUAUUAGCAUUUCUUAUUCACAUGAAGUCUCACGCCGUGUUCGUCGACGACCCUCUCAGCUUAGACGAAUAAGAUAAUUUAAUUUAUACGAAUCUCAAACUCCGCGCCCUAAUAUUAGCCUCCAUAAAAAUGUUAUGUUAAAUCUUAGUAUUUCAAUACCAAAAAUCAAGAAGUGUUUAAUAAAUUUCAUUAGUAUUGUUGGAUAUACACUCUAAUGAUUAAAAUUAAAAAUAAAUAAUGAAAGGAAAGUAUUAAUAUGUAAAAAAUAAAAUAUAUCGAAUACCAAGUUCAUUAGUCAUUAGUUUGACUAAUGUAAACAUUAGUUUUUUAUAAGAAAACAAAUAAAAUAAAAACAAAAUGAAAUAACGUAAUCGAAACCUCAAUGUGAUCCUUGGUCAGCCUUUUUCUUAAGAUAUAUUCCAAAAUAAAUUUAAAUUUGUGUUUUACAUAUAACAUUUGUAUAUAUUUCGCAACGAUCGUUACGACUCUAAAACGUGCUUUUAUAUAUAUUCAUCAUAACUAUAAAAGUUUUUAUUCAAAAAUAAGGUCAGGUCAGCUAAAUUAAUGUUUAAAUAGAUUGCCAUGGUAGGUACUUCUUUCUCUUUACCUGCAUGGUUACUUCUUUCGGUAUAUGUGAUCGUGUCGGAACUAUUCUCCAUUUGCAAAGGUGUGCUAUGAUUCUUGUAUAAAAUGUAAUGGUCUUUAUUGUGCAAAAGUAGUACUCUCGACUAGGAAUAGGAAAGUAAUUUGAAUGUGUUCAGUGAACUAAUGUACAGUUCUCAUUGAAAUAUUUUAUAUUUAUUUUUUAUAACACCUUAUUUUAUAUUGUCGUUAUUUAGGUCGUAUUAAUAUCGUCGUAAACUUGAUUUUACCAUAACUUUUCUUCUCUUUGUGUAAAAUUCGCGUGAUUGCAUUAAGUAUUUUCUAAAAUUAGCUCAAAAGUAGUUUUCGAUGUAUUUUUUUAAAUAUGUUUUUAUAGUAUCCGAUCUGAACCGAAGCCAAGCGUCUCGAUCUUUAAAGAAAUAUAUUUUGCCCAACAUAAGAUCGUGGGUUGUUAAUAAAUGCACACUUUAACCUAAUUUUAGUAAAUUAAACCUCUACCAAAAUUUAUCACUUUAUUCAGACAAGCCUUAUCGGCCAGUACAUGAACCGCUGCUGUUCAUAUACUGGCAGUACAAACUUAGUAAAUGGCAUCUGGGAUGUGCGCCGCUUGCGCAUGUUUGUACCGAAACGGUCACAUGUGUAUCGGUGAACGUACCCGACCCGCAGUAGAAACGUGCCAGUCCCAUUAGCGUUGUGAAAAAAUAGUCUUACUGGACACGUAGGGCACUGUACCGUUGCGUUUAAUCCAUUUACAAUUCUUUCUAAUAUUUUAAUGUAAUCGAAUAAUAUGUUCAUACAUAAAAUUUAGUAAAACGUUGCAAAUUGGUAUUAAGUAGUUUAUUAGUCACCGGUUAAAAAUUAAUUUAUAACUUUAACUAAGCUUGAAUAAAAUACAAGAAGAAUGCGUUUUUACAGUUUAUAUUCGGUAGCUUUGUAUGAAAAAUAAUAAUACCGA